CCGCCUCCGGUAGGUUGAUCAGGGGAAAUUCUCCAUACAGUUUUCUCUUUCCAAAUUCCACAUAAAACUACUUAACACAGCCAAGAUGUUCAAACUCAUCUGGAAAACUAACAGCGAAACAAACUACUAUUUACAAUGUAUACAAUGCAGAGUUGGACGUGUAUUUUUCUUAUUAUUUGCAGUGUGCAGAGCGUGUGUCAUUGCUGUGACUGGAUCCGACACCACUACGGUCACUUGAGCUCAGAAUACCUUUCCCUGCUGGACCAGAUGGGAGGAGAUAUCACAAAGCAGGAUGCCCCAGUCUUUUUCCCAAGAUCCCUUUACAGACACAUAGAUGAUGCCGAGGUUGAGGACCAAGUCAGAUUCCUGAAAGAGACCAUCUAUCAAAUCACAAAACUGUUUGAUGGGAAUAUGAAAUCUGUCACCUGGGACAAGAAAAACCUGGACGAUUUCCUCAACAUUCUAGAACGCCAAUUGGAGAACCUUAAUUCUUGUGUAUCACCUGCCAUGAAACCUGAGAAGAGACUGAAACGAUACUUCAAGAAGUUGAAUAAGAAUGUUCUGAGAAAAAUGAACUACAGUGCACAGGCGUGGGAGCUCAUCAGGAAAGAGACAAAACGUCAUCUGCAAAGAUUGGAUAUCCUUGCGGCACAGAUGUACUGAUCAUCCAGACUCAUUUCAGAAGCUACGCCCUUACCAGUUUAUAAAGCUUGAAUACAAUCAUGUGGGACCCUGUCAGUCUAUUUAUUAUAUUUAAAUCCAUAAAUUAUUGUUUUUUAUUUGUAUAAUUUAUUAUUUAUAUGUUGUAUUUCCCUUUUGUACCUGUGUUGAACUGAACUGUAUUGCCGGUCUACUAUAAAAACCAAUGAAAAAAUAAUAUUGAAAAUGUGAAUAAAAACGUAUU